GAGGACGGGACGGGACGGGACGGGGCGGUGCUGUCAGCCAGGCGGCCCGCGGAAUGCAGCGACCUGAAGCCUGGCCACGUCCGCACCCGGGGGAUGGGGCGGCGGGAACCCAGGCCCGGAUCCCGGCGCCUCCCGCCCAAGCCGGGGAGCCCUCGGGGCUGCGGUUGCAGGAACCCUCCCUGUACACCAUCAAGGCCGUGUUCAUCCUCGAUAAUGACGGACGCCGACUGCUGGCCAAGUAUUACGAUGACACGUUCCCCUCCUCUAAGGAGCAGGUGAUCUUUGAGAAAAACGUCUUCAACAAGACCAGCCGAACCGAUAGUGAGAUCGCGUUUUUAGGGGGCAUGACCAUCGUCUACAAGAGCAGCAUGGACCUCUUCCUGUAUGUGGUCGGCUCCUCUCAGGAGAACGAGCUGAUUCUCAUGUCUGUCCUCAUCUGCCUGUUUGAGUCCUUGAGCCACAUCCUAAGGAGGAACGUGGAGAAGCGCUGGCUGCUGGAGAACCUGGAUGGAGCCUUCCUGGUGCUGGAUGAGAUUGUGGAUGGCGGUGUGAUCCUGGAGAGUGACCCCCAGCAAGUGGUCCAGAAGGUGAAUUUUAGGGUGGAUGACAGCGGCCUGGUGGAGCAGAGUGUGGCACAGGUCUCUCUGCUCAGACUAACCCUGCUUCUCUGGAGCCCCACACCCGGCACUAACUCCUCUUCCUCCUUUGGUCGCUCUGCUGAGGGUGGCCCAGGACAGCUGGUUCUGCAAUCCGCCAAGGAACAAAUUAAGUGGUCGCUACUAAAAUGAAGGCAACCCUAGCCGAAGUCCGAAGACCUCAAGAGACGAGAAGCCCCUCCGUGCGCUGUCCCUCUUCCCAACGCCCUGGCCCACCGGGGAACCCCGGGGACCAGCUGAGCUGCCCUCCCUGGCGUCCUGGCUCCUAAUAAACCAGCUUUGUCUCCCGCCAA